AUGGUCAAUACUCGCAAUCGAAAUCGUUCCCCUCCUGGGGAUGACGCCGGUGAUGUUUCUGAGGAAGGUUUGCCUGCACCUCCUCUGGUGAAUACAAAUGCUAAUGUUGCAGCGCUCUUGGGAAAUAUUCUUUGCGAUAUGGGGAGAGAACAGGAAGGACCAAGAGUACCACCUCGGGUACAAAAAACCCCAAAUCCUCCGACUAAUGUCACGCCUAUUAUUCCUCCUUUGGGUCUGUCUGCUAAUGAAGUCCCUGCGGCUCAAGUGAACCAAGAUCCACCUCCCCCUCCUCCGGCUGCUCUACCGGUUAGAAAUGUAAUACCGAAAUGGGUUGAUGCCUCCAAACUCUCCGAGAGAUUUCCAAAGCACCAUCCUCCCACUUUUUAUAAGCUGGUCUAUGACUCAAUGUUUCCAGCUACUUGGCUUAGGGAUCUCGAGAGGAUCUUUGAAACUGAGGACGUGAAACCAAGACGAUUCGAAAGAGGACUUAGAGCCAGUCUGAGCACUGCAGUGGUGUUGCACAAGUAUCCAACCUAUGCUGAAGUGGUUAAAGGUGCUAAACUGAUAGAAGACCAACAGAGGGAGAAUUACCGGGCCAUCCAGGCAGGCAAGAAGCCGGUAUCAUCUCAUGACUCUAGGGGACCUAGCAAGUUUCAAAGAAGAGGGUCUUAUACCAAUGCGGCUCCAAUUCAAUUCCGCAGGCCUGAUUCAACUCAAGUGCCUAAAUCUGUACCUGCAUCUCCCUAUGGAGCACAGACUCUCAUAUGUUACAAUUGCAAGGAGUCUGGGCAUAUGGCCAAGGAUUGUCCCCAAUCACGACAAUCGGGUUCGUGGCCGGUAGCGACUUCCAAACCAUCCUCGGUAAGGGCUGCUGUUCGUCUACUUGCUCCUAUUCUAGUGAGCAAGACUCAGGGGCGAGUCUAUUCUGUCACCCAUGAGGAAGCCCAGUCUGACGCCGGUGUUAUCACAGAGAAGUUACCUUUUGAACCGGUCUUAUUGGAGCAAAAGUUAAUGGUUAGUACGCCGACUGGAAGGAAAGUUGAGCUAGAUCGAUCUUUUCACUCUUGCCCUAUUCGAGUGAGCGACCAUGGACUCGAAGCCAGUUUGAUCAUCCUAGACAUGAAAGAUUUUAAUGUGAUUCUGGGAAUGGACUGGUUAUCCACGCAUGGGGCUAGUCUGAUUUGUGCAGAAAGGAAGAUACUUUUCAGGACAGGAGAGGAAAAUGAGUUUAUGUUUAAGGGUAAUAAAAGUAAGAAACCCAAGAACCCAAUUAUAUCGGCUAUCCGGGUCCAGAAACUCUUGGCACAAGGCUAUCAGUGUUACUUAGCCUCAGUAGUGGAUGUUGAAGCCAAGAUUUCACCGAUGGAAGAAAUAAGUGUGGUAAGGGAUUUCCUUGAUGUCUUUCCGGAAGACCUUACAUGCUUACCACCGGAUCGAGAGACAAAAUUUAUGAUCGAUCUGAUACCCGGUGCUGCUCCAGUGUCUAAAGCACCGUACAGAAUGGCCCCGUCAGAACUGAAGGAACUUCAGGGACAGCUAAAGGAUUUGCUGAAGAAGGGUUUUAUUAGGCCAAGUGUUUCCCUAUGGGGUGCGCCUGUUCUAUUUGUGAAGAAGGAUGGUCAUUUGGUAUUUGCAAAGGGUAUUGAAGUUGACCCCAGCAAAGUACAAUCGGUAGUUGAUUGGGAGACACCCAAGAAUGCGGUAGAUAUUCGCAGUUUCCUUGGUUUGGCCGGUUACUAUAGGAGAUUCAUCGAGAACUUUUCAAAAAUCUCUGCUCUUAUGACUCGAUUGACCCGAAAGGGAGUGAAAUUCGAGUGGUUGGACGAAUGUGAAAAGAAUUUCCAAGAUCUAAAGGAGCAACUGAUCUCUGCUCCAGUACUUACCAUACCAAAUGGUACUGGAGGAAUGGUAGUCUACUGUGAUGCUUCAAAGUUGGGACUUGAUUGUGUGUUAAUGCAAGGUGAUAAAGUGGUGGCCUACGCUUCUCAUCAGUUGAAGGAAUAUGAGAGGAACUAUCCAACUCAUGAUCUAGAGUUGGCAGCUGUGGUCUUUGCUCUGAAAAUCUGGAGACACUACUUAUAUGGAGAGAAAAGUGAGAUUUACAGUGACCAUAAAAGCCUCAAGUAUUUCUUUACUCAAAAGGAACUUAAUAUGAGAUUGAGGCGUUGGUUGGAGCUUAUGAAGGAUUAUGAUUGCACUAUUCAUUACCACCCAGGCAAAGCAAAUGUGGUAGAAGAUGCUCUUAGUAAAAAAUCACAGACCUUAUCUAUCGCAUCCCUGGCUGUCACCGAGGAGCUUAUUAAAGAAGCUAGGAAGAUGGAUUUGGAAUUAUUAGGAGAAGGAGUUACCCUGUCCUUAGCAUCUUUAACGGUGCAGUCCACCUUGGUUGAAAAGAUUAAAGCAGCUCAAGCUUCAGAUGAACAUUGUAAGGAAAUCAUUCGUGCUAUCCAAGGCGACACACAGCAUGAUCUGGACUUCACAUUGACGGAUGGAGGUGUCCUCAUGUUUAGAGAUCGUCUAUGUGUUCCCAAGAACGACUAG